AUGGCAUCUGAUUUGCUGGUUCGAUUUUUCCUGCCUACUUCAGGUUCAGUAACUAUCUCACUGUUUGAGCUUGGCCAAGAAUACCUUUGCAGCCCACGAGUACCCCUGGCAGAAGCUGGCGCUCUUCUUAUGAAGACAUUGCUGCAAAGACCAGAUGCAUCACUGCUGCUGUCAGAAAAUGUACCUCUGUCUGCACAGGGGCUAGUGACAUACCUGACCAAGAUGCUACAGGAGCACUACUGUUGUGCUCAGGAAAACCUUUUAAGAGCAGCAAGUGCAAAGCCC